AGUAUGUGUAGAGUGUGCGCGCAUCUCUAUCCCUUAUUUGUAUCGGUGUGCGUCUCUCUCUGUACCCUCCCCCUACCUCCAAUACAUUAUUCCCCUAGACUUGGAAGCCGCUCCCAGAGCUGACGCUUUGAUGGUAUCUGCAAGCGUUUGUGCUGAUCUUAUUUCUGCCCCCUGAAUAUUAAUUCCCAAAGCUGGUGGCAAUACAGUUCCCCAGUGACGGGACCUACUAGAGGCAGGUGGGGGGAGCCACCAUCAGAUCAUAAGCAUAAUAAUAAUACAAAGGGGAGGGAUUCUUCUGCAACCAAGAGACUAGAGGCAUAGGAGGAAAAAAAAAAGCGAUGAGUUCGACAAAUAUAUGGAGCACAGGAAGCUCAGACUACUCGACUCCUCUAUUUUCACAGAAAAUGACGGUGUGGAUUCUGCUCCUGCUAUCGCUCUACCCCGGCCUCACAAGCCAAAAAUCUGAUGAUGACUAUGAAGAUUAUGCUUCUAACAAAACAUGGGUCUUGACUCCAAAAGUUCCUGAAGGUGAUGUCACUGUCAUCUUAAAUAAUCUCCUGGAAGGAUAUGACAAUAAACUUCGGCCUGAUAUAGGAGUGAAACCGACAUUAAUUCACACAGACAUGUACGUGAAUAGCAUCGGUCCCGUGAAUGCUAUCAAUAUGGAAUAUACAAUUGACAUAUUUUUUGCCCAGACAUGGUAUGACAGACGUCUGAAAUUUAACAGCACCAUUAAAGUCCUCCGAUUGAAUAGCAACAUGGUAGGGAAAAUCUGGAUUCCAGACACUUUCUUCAGAAACUCCAAAAAGGCUGAUGCACACUGGAUAACCACCCCUAAUAGGAUGCUGAGAAUUUGGAAUGAUGGUCGAGUGCUCUACACCUUAAGGUUGACAAUUGAUGCAGAGUGCCAGUUGCAGUUACACAAUUUUCCGAUGGACGAACAUUCCUGCCCCUUGGAGUUCUCCAGCUAUGGCUAUCCACGUGAAGAAAUUGUCUACCAAUGGAAGCGUAGUUCUGUUGAAGUGGGUGACACAAGAUCUUGGAGACUUUAUCAAUUUUCAUUUGUUGGACUGAGAAAUACCACUGAAGUAGUGAAGACAACUUCUGGAGAUUAUGUGGUCAUGUCUGUCUACUUUGACCUGAGCAGAAGGAUGGGAUACUUCACCAUCCAGACCUACAUCCCCUGCACACUCAUUGUUGUCCUAUCCUGGGUGUCUUUCUGGAUCAAUAAGGAUGCUGUUCCAGCCAGAACUUCCUUAGGUAUCACCACUGUCCUGACAAUGACCACCCUCAGCACCAUUGCCCGGAAGUCACUCCCCAAGGUCUCCUAUGUUACAGCAAUGGAUCUCUUUGUAUCUGUUUGCUUCAUCUUUGUCUUCUCUGCUUUGGUGGAAUAUGGCACCUUGCAUUAUUUUGUCAGCAACCGGAAACCAAGCAAGGAUAAAGACAAAAAGAAGAAAAACCCUCUUCUUCGGAUGUUUUCCUUCAAGGCCCCUACCAUUGAUAUUCGCCCAAGAUCAGCAACCAUUCAAAUGAACAAUGCCACUCACCUUCAAGAGAGAGAUGAAGAAUAUGGGUAUGAGUGUCUGGAUGGCAAGGACUGUGCCAGUUUCUUCUGCUGUUUUGAAGACUGUCGAACAGGAGCUUGGAGACAUGGAAGGAUACAUAUUCGUAUUGCCAAAAUGGACUCGUAUGCACGGAUCUUCUUCCCCACUGCAUUCUGCUUGUUCAAUCUGGUUUAUUGGGUUUCCUACCUUUACCUGUGAAAGAGGUAUGGGUUUUAUUGAUGUGGGUCUUAUUCACUAAAUCUCAUGGAGAGAAGAUGUCCUUUCUAAGUCCACUUAAAUAAUCCCCUGUGUGGUUUAUGAUAAUUUUGAAUUUGUUUGUUUCUAAGUUCUAACCUGCUAAAUUGUAUUAAUGUCCUAUUGUUUGCCCAACUCUCCUGUGGUAAGUGUAAUUUGAACUUUAAUGUUUGCUGUGUUUCAAACCUGCAAGGCAAAGUGAAAUUAGAGCAAGAACACUGAAACCAAACAAGAUCUUUUUCAGCUACAAUGAUUGAAAUAGUGGAAGCUGUGACUACUUAUAGUGGUGGUGUCCUUAAUCAAUUCAAAAUACAAUUAGAUGCAAAAGGUCCAAAACUGUACCCUAUGUUCAUUUGGGGGCAGGUUGUAAUAAAUUUGGUCCCAGUAGGAUAUCUCCCUCAUUUGAGAAAAAUCACAAGUCACUUUAAAUAUAAGAGCCUAGACUAGAAAUCUAUUACACCUCUAUCCCAAGAUAGGAAGAAAAUUUCCUCCACAUCACAUGUACAAUGAUGUAAAUAUUUCAGUAACGUAGAAUGCUUCAAGUUUAAUGCAUGCAUCUCUUUAGAACCAAAAUAAAUGGAAUGAAGUUAACAUCAUAAAGCAUUGUCUUUUAUUCUGUGUCUUUGGGCUGUAAAAGAAUCAUGAAUGUAAUUAUAAGGGUUUGGGUUUGGAAUUGGAGGGAGGAAUUUUCUCUACCAUCUCCCUCACGCAUGAAGAUUCAAACAGCUUAUUUUUUUUUUCCAUAUAGGACAUAUUAAAACACUUUAAGUAAAAUACAGACUGAAUAAUUGACAUUUGCCACUUCUAAAUAUGCCCAAUUUCAUAGAGUAUAAAGUAAUUAUAUGUGCUUGCAGCUAUUUUAUCUUCCUUUAGGACGAUAGAUUAUAACAGAAUUUAUUCUCCAUCUCAAGAUCUGCUUCUAGUGAUUGUGAGUGCCUUGUGGGCGGAAUCCUUGUAAUUUCCUCUUUGGGUCCUCAGCACCUUAUAUAGUGCCUGGCACAUAGUUGGUGCUCAACAGAUAUGUUUUGAAGUGAACUGGCUGCAUAUGCUUCUGUGAAUCUCUUUGAGCCAGCUGCAACCAGUGAUUCAUCUUUUCACAUCGGUAUUGUCAAAUGUUAUUUGGUCUUGUGAAAAUUAACAGAAGGAUCCAAAGACCUUUGCCUAAAAUAAAUUUUUGAUAAUGAACGAAAAUAGCCAAAGUCCAUACUUCUUUUAAAACAAUACUUAAGCCCUAUGUUUAUGCACAGAAAUGGGCCUACUAGGGCAUAAUUAGAGUUUGUAUAUUUUUUCCCAGGUUUGGGAAUGAGUUAGCUUUGACCCAGCCACAAUUCCACUUGAAGACAUGACAGGCAAGGACAGGAUUCAUACCUGACUGGUGUUUAGAAUGUUGUAUUCUAUGCUCUGGUAAAAAAAAAAAAAAAAAAAAAAAA